GAAAGAACGUAUAUAUUAUUAAAACUUAAAAAUAACGUCAACAACGAAAGAAAAUAAAAGAUGAUAAACAAAAAAAAUUUAAUAAUAUUUUGUUUAAUAUUAAAUUAUUUUACAAUAUAUGUUAAAGCUGAAACAAAAUUAACAAAUAUGCCUGGACCACUGCCAGCACAUUCUCCAUCAACAUCGAUGUUAGCAGCAGCAUCAAAUGCGAUUACUCCAACGGGAAUUUUUAAUGUUAUUCCCCAAACAUUUGACACCGGUUUUUAUGCCUACGACGACAUGGACGACUACGUGCCAUUUAGCAGUGAUUCUCACGAUCACUUUUCAUGGGAAUUGCUAAGAGAUGUACUUGAAGAAGAGAACACAAACGUUAUUAUAUCUCCUUUUUCCGUAAAACUACUUCUGGCACUAUUGGCUGAAGCAGCAGGCAAUAAUACACAAACACAAAGGGAGUUGAUAAAAACACUGGAAGUGAUCAAAUCACCAGAUAAUUUACGUGGUUUCUAUAAAAAGAUGCUGACAUCAUUGAAGAAGGAAAACCCAUAUACUACUUUAAAUUUGGAAACAAAAAUGUUCACCGAUGAGUUCAUUGAACCUAAACAGAGAUACGCAGCAAUGCUGGCAACGUUUUACGAUACAGAUAUCGAGCGUUUAAACUUUAAAGAUGCUCAAGCAUCGGCAGAUCACAUCAAUACCUGGUGCAAAAAUGUCACCCGUGGCCGUUUGCAAAAUCUUGUAACUAAAGAAAAUGUACAGAAUAGCGUACUCUUAUUAACAAAUGCCAUCUAUUUUAACGGGCUGUGGCGUCGCCAAUUUAACGCAACCUAUGAGGGAGUUUUCUUCAAGACACCUGAAACCCAAUCUCGCGUUCAAUAUAUGGAACAAACCGAGUACUUUUACUAUUAUGACCACAGUUCAAUGAAUACCAAAAUCCUGAGACUACCGUACAAAGGUAAAAAAUUCUCCAUGUUCAUAUUGUUGCCUAAAACUAAAGGUGGAGUCGAGGAACUGACACAAGUACUGCAAAAUGAUCAAGUCAAACGAAUGCAAUUUAUGAUGGAGGAGACCAAGUUAAAAGUUACUUUGCCGAAAUUUAAAUUUGAAUUUGAUAAGAAUCUCAAAAACACACUUUCCUCCCUGGGCAUAAAUGACAUUUUCACUGAUGAUGCAUCUUUGCCAGGGUUAGAUAGAGGUGCUGAGGUGGCUGGAAAAUUAAAGGUAUCAAAUGUUAUUCAAAAAGCCGGCAUCGAUGUGAAUGAAAAGGGCACUGAAGCAUUUGCCUCCACUGUCUUUGAAAUUGGCAAUAAAUUUGGUGGAAAUCCAGUUAUCGAAGAGUUCACUGUAAAUCGCCCAUUCAUCUUUUUCAUCGAAGAGGAAGCCACUGGAAGUAUUAUAUUUGCAGGAAAAGUAUUAGAACCUGUUCUAUAAUUGUAAAAACAAGUUUUUUCUUUGUGUAUGCAAAUAACUACUAUGUGUAUUUAUUAUAUGUAUGCUGUAUAUUCGAAUCAAUAAAAAUGAAGAUACUUUAAUUUAAGAGAUAUUUCUAAGAAAAACAAA